AUGUCGUCGAUGCCCCAGCUAUCCAACGAUAUUUUACAAAUUAUAUCUGAAAAGUUACUUUUUAAAAAACCACCUGAUGAUAAAAUGUUUAAUCAAAUGGAUCUGCGAUCAUUGAAUGCUUAUACUCUUUUCAUGUAUCACAGUGUAAAAAACAUGCGAUCUUUUCUCUCCAAUUUUACUAAAAUGAAACGUCUUGAACUUCUUAAUAGUGGUGACAAUUUUAAAAUUAAUUUGUACAAAGACGAAAGUUUACCAUUUAAUAUGAUUAAUAGUAAUGAUUUUACUGGACCAUACUCCGUUUCUAAGCAAUUAAUUUUGGAUCUUCUUUGUGCUGGAUUACUACGUACUUCAUUCAUUAGAAUAAGUCAUGCUUUAGAGGAAUUGCCAGAUGAAAUACUUAAACACUUGAUAAAUCCAAAAGAAAAGCAUCUAAUUACUUUGCUUUCCAUUAAUGCGGAGAAUGUUGAAUUUUGCAGUUUUUGGGAGAAUCUUAUUUUUGAAUGCAGUUCAUCCAAAGUACCUCCAAUUGUUAUUGAGCGUACAAAGAAGAUUUUAACCAAAUGUAGUCUUGACAUGGAAUCGACAAACAAUUUUCGCGACAAUUUCAAAAGUUAUAUACAAUUUCUGCUUCUUUGCUGCUCAAAUCUUGAAUAUCUGGAAUUUGAAUGUACUUCAAACUCUACUUCUCCCAACGACUAUAUUAUAAAUUUGGAGGCCCUUAUAAUUUCAAUUAUAGAAGAUCUCAAACAUCAGCAUCGCGGUAGUAAAAAUUUGAAGAUACGAAUUGAAUUCACUGCAAAUUUCGAAGAGGUUUUAUUCGAGUCGAUUUCGAAUGAACAUAAAAUUUUCACGUUGGGAAAUUCAUUUGUCAUUGAUGAAUUAUCUGAUGAUUCUCCAUACUUUGCACGUAGUAUAAAAUUUAAUGAUUCAAUUGGGAGACAGCAUGAGUGUUUAUUUCAAAUCUUCUCUGAAAAGCCAGAUCUUUCUGAUUGUAUGUUUUAUAGAAAUUGUGCUUUUCAAUUCCAAAAAAUAUUUUUUGACAGAUAA